CGCCACGUCAUAGUGUCGGGUAACACGUGUACCAAAAUUUUGCAGUUCAGAGCGUACUAGAAGUACAAGUACGAGUCCAUUCGUUCCCUUCACUCUCUUUCCCUCAUGGAGGCUCCUUGGACAAAGGCUCCGAGUGAAAUUCUUCAGCAUUUUGGUGUAGAUCCUGCUCGAGGCCUUACUUCUGCCCAAGCUGCAAAGUCUGCUGAGCUUUACGGGAAGAAUGAACUUCCCGAAGAUCCGUCUACUCCGUUGUGGGAACUCAUAUUAGAACAGUUCAAGGACCAACUGGUCUUGAUACUACUCGCAUCUGCUGUUAUUUCCUUCGUCCUUGCCUUCUUUGAUGAGUCGGAAGGAGGCUCCUGGGCAACCGCGUUCGUAGAACCGAUAGUUAUUCUUCUCAUACUCAUCGCCAAUGCCGCCGUUGGUGUCAUUCAAGAAAGUAACGCAGAGAAGGCCAUCGAGGCUCUCAAAGAAUAUUCCCCAGACGAGGCUAAAGUCAUUAGGUCUAGUCAGGUUAGCCGCAUACAUGCAUCCGAGCUCGUUCCAGGCGACAUAGUGUCGGUUUCCGUUGGAGACAAAAUACCCGCCGACUGCAGGUUGAUAUCCGUGUCUUCAAGUAGCUUCCGUGUCGAUCAAGCUAUUCUUACUGGAGAAAGCACUAGUGUAAACAAAGUUGAGCAAAUUGUGUUGGAUCCUAAAGCUGUCAAACAAGACAUGGUCAACAUGCUGUUUUCGGGAACCACGGUAGUAAAUGGCAGUGCCAAAGCGGUAGUUGUCUACACAGGAGAGAAGACUGCUAUGGGUGAUAUCCACAAAUCCAUAACGACACAGAUAUCUGAGAAGACCCCACUUAAACGCAAAUUGGACGACUUCGGAGACAUGUUAGCUAAGGUCAUCUCGGUCAUUUGUAUCCUUGUCUGGCUUGUCAACAUUCGCCAUUUCGCCGACCCCUCUCAUCAUGGUGUCAUCAAGGGGGCGAUCUAUUAUUUCAAAAUCGCCGUAGCGCUUGCUGUAGCAGCUAUUCCAGAAGGCCUUGCUGCUGUUAUCACUGCGUGUCUUGCCCUGGGUACCAAGAAGAUGGCACAAAAGAACGCUAUCGUUCGAAACCUUCCCAGUGUUGAGACACUUGGUUGCACAAAUGUCAUCUGCUCGGACAAAACUGGAACCCUGACUACGAACCAAAUGAGUGUGUCUCGAUUUACAAUUUUUGAGGGUGGACUACCACGGGAAUAUGCUGUCGAAGGUACCACAUUCUCCCCUCACGGGUCCAUACUUUCAUCCGACGGCAAACAGUGCGUUGAUGAACUACGGUCGAACACUAUUCAACGCCUCGCAGAAAUCUGCUCAAUCUGCAACGAUGCCCGGAUUGUUUACAAUCAGGACAAGCACGUGUAUACCAAUGUUGGAGAACCUACUGAAGCCGCUCUCAAGGUCUUGGUGGAGAAAAUUGGCUGCAGAGACCUCGAGUUGACAAAAUCGUCAUCCUCUCUGACUCCCACCGUUCGAGCAAGUGCUAUCAACGAGUAUUUUGAACGCACCAUUCCUCGUCUUCUGACUUUCGAAUUUUCGCGAGAUCGGAAGAUGAUGUCAGUACUGGUGCGACUCAACGGUACCGGUGCCUUGUUCGUCAAAGGUGCACCGGAGUCAGUUUUGGACCGCUGCACGACUAUCCUUGUGAACGGCAAACCGGUGCCUAUGGCGCAAGGCAUACGUGAUUCUCUCCUCCAGUCCACACACCAAUAUGGAGCAGACGGUUUACGCACCCUUGCUCUAGCUUAUGUCGAUGUCAAUGAUAUCGAUGCGUCCCAUUAUCAGAGCGAGAGUACCACAGAUUACGCUCGAUUUGAGCAGAACCUUACCUUCGUAGGGCUGGUCGGAAUGCUUGACCCUCCUCGGCCUGAAGUUCGUCAGGCAGUAGCUCAUUGUAAAGCCGCUGGUAUUCGUGUUAUCUGCAUAACGGGAGACAACAAAUUGACUGCGGAAACGAUUUGUCGUCGGAUCGGUAUAUUCAGCGAAUAUGAAGACCUUACUGGGAAGAGUUACACUGGCCGUGAACUGGACGAACUGUCUCACGAAGAAAAAGUUGCUGCGGUACAGAGGGCCAAUUUGUUCUCGAGAACGGAACCGGGACACAAGAGUCAACUUGUAGAUUUAUUACAAGGCUUAGGUUUUGUUGUCGCUAUGACGGGCGAUGGUGUAAACGACGCACCCGCCCUGAAAAAGGCCGACAUCGGUAUAGCGAUGGGUAGUGGAACAGAUGUCGCCAAAUUGGCAGCAGAUAUGGUUCUUGCAGAUUCAAAUUUUGCUACAAUCGAAAAGGCCGUGGAAGAGGGGAGACUCAUUUACAACAACACAAAACAGUUCAUUCGGUAUCUCAUUUCGUCGAACAUCGGGGAGGUCGUCAGUAUUUUCCUCACCGUGCUGCUCGGAAUGCCAGAGGCUUUGAUACCUGUACAAUUACUUUGGGUCAAUUUGGUUACCGACAGCCUACCCGCCACCGCACUCGGGUUCAACCCUCCGGACCAUUCCAUUAUGCGGACCCCACCCCGCAACAGCCGGGAACCCCUCGUUGGCGCAUGGCUCUUCUUCCGUUAUAUGGUGGUCGGAACUUACGUCGGGUGUGCAACCGUCUUUGGGUAUGCAUGGUGGUUCGUGUUCUAUGAAGGAGGCCCCCAAAUUACUUUCCACCAACUUACCCAUUUUCAUCAAUGCUCUUCGCUCUUUCCGGAAAUCGGAUGCGAGAUGUUUACGAAUGUGAUGGCUCAGCGCGCUACUACCAUCAGUUUAUCGAUCUUGGUGACGGUAGAGAUGUGUAAUGCGAUGAACUCACUUUCCGAAAACGAAAGUUUACUCAGGCUCCCGCUAUGGAAAAACCCUUAUCUUGUUGCGGCGAUUGCCUUGAGUAUGGGUCUGCAUUUCAUGAUCCUCUAUGUGCCCUUCUUUUCGACGCUGUUUGCCAUCACACCCCUGAAUUGGGAAGAGUGGAAAGCGGUUUUGUACUUGAGUGCUCCUGUCCUUGCCAUUGACGAGUUGCUCAAACUCUUAAGUACAACGAUAAUGGACCCUCCUUCAAAAAUCAAGGUAGAAUAAAGUAUGGUACAUAGACAGACAGACUGUGUGGGCCUUUUAGAGAUUAAUUAAUACAGUACGAAUGACCCCCAUAAGCGGGACAAAUGGAAGAUUCGUGUUUGCUUUACUUCAGCAACACAAUAGUAAGUAAUUAUAAUGCACUCUCAAUCUACUUAGCAAACAAUAUCAAUAUCCGAG